AGGGCUGAGGCGAAGAAGGCGGUGGCGGCAGCGGUGGCGGCGAGGCGGCGAAGGUGAUGGCGACGCGGGGCCCAUGAGGCGGCGGCCGGCGGGACGGGCCGAGGCCCGGCGGAGGAGGCGGCUUCGGGGGCGCCCACCGCCGGAGAGAAUUUUGGAAAGUAACAAGCAAAAUACCAUUUUUGAAAGAAGGUUUUGGGUGACAGAAGUUCUGGAUAACAGGGCAAACCAAUUCCAUCACCAUGAGUUGGAGCUUCCUGACACGUCUGCUAGAGGAGAUCCACAACCAUUCAACAUUUGUAGGAAAGAUCUGGCUCACUGUGCUGAUUGUCUUUCGAAUUGUCCUAACUGCUGUGGGAGGAGAGUCCAUCUACUAUGAUGAGCAAAGCAAAUUUGUGUGCAACACAGAGCAGCCAGGCUGUGAGAAUGUCUGCUAUGAUGCCUUCGCACCGCUCUCCCACGUGCGCUUCUGGGUGUUCCAGAUCAUCCUGGUUGCAACUCCCUCUGUGAUGUACCUGGGGUAUGCUAUUCAUAAGAUUGCCAAAAUGGAGCAUGGUGAAGCAGACAAGAAGGCAGCUCGGAGUAAGCCCUAUGCCAUGCGUUGGAAGCAGCACCGGGCUCUGGAAGAAACGGAAGAGGACCAUGAAGAAGAUCCUAUGAUGUAUCCAGAGAUGGAGUUAGAAAGUGAGAAAGAAAAUAAAGAGCAGAGCCAGCCAAAACCUAAGCAUGAUGGCCGACGACGAAUUCGGGAGGAUGGGCUAAUGAAAAUCUACGUGUUGCAGCUGCUGGCCAGAACUGUGUUUGAGGUGGGCUUUCUGAUAGGACAGUAUUUCCUGUAUGGUUUUCAAGUCCACCCAUUUUAUGUGUGCAGCAGACUUCCUUGUCCUCACAAGAUAGACUGCUUUAUUUCUAGACCCACUGAAAAGACCAUCUUCCUCCUGAUAAUGUAUGGUGUUACAGGCCUCUGCCUACUGCUUAACAUUUGGGAGAUGCUUCAUUUAGGGUUUGGGACCAUUCGAGACUCACUAAACAGUAAAAGGAGGGAGCUUGACGAUCCGGGUGCUUAUAAUUAUCCUUUCACUUGGAAUACACCAUCUGCUCCCCCUGGCUAUAACAUUGCUGUCAAACCAGAUCAAAUCCAGUACACUGAGUUGUCCAAUGCUAAGAUUGCCUACAAGCAAAACAAAGCCAAUAUCGCCCAGGAACAGCAGUACGGCAGCCACGAGGAGCACCUCCCAGCUGAUCUGGAGACUCUGCAACGGGAGAUCAGGAUGGCUCAGGAACGCUUGGAUCUAGCAAUCCAGGCCUACCAUCACCAAAACAACCCCCAUGGUCCUCGGGAAAAAAAGGCCAAAGUGGGGUCCAAAUCUGGGUCGAACAAAAGCAGUAUUAGUAGUAAAUCAGGGGAUGGGAAGACCUCUGUCUGGAUUUAAUCUUGGUUGGGCUUAAAACUUGGGUUUUCAUAGUUUAUGGUAAGCAGCAACUCGAUGAAUAAUGACUUCCAUUGAGUAAACAUUUGGCUCUGGUUAUCUUCAGGGAUGCUGUUGGCUCAUGAUCCAAACUCAGGGGACUCUGAAGGUGGAGCUGUGAUGAGUGGGGAGAGGGAAACACAGUGUUCCAGGCACAUGUUCUCAGCAAUAAUACAGUUGCAGAACUUUACAUUGUGUCUUCCAGAUCCAGAGAAGAACAGAUAUAUUUAAAUCAUUCUGUUGAACAGUUUUUGUAUGUACAGUAUUAUGGUACAUUUUUUUUAGUAUGAUAACUUUUUUUGUAUUUGUACAUUGGACUGCUGUAGUUAUACUUUUUUAUAUUAAAGGGAAAAAUCCUUGUAAAU